AUGAGCUCAAUGGAAACACCACCUCCUGAACCAGGACUUGUCACACCACAUAUAAAUAAUGAUAAAUUACAUGAAGCUGAUCAAAGUAUGGAUCAAACAAUGACUUCAAUACAAGAAAAGAAACCUUCGGUUUUCGAUAUUGCACAAUCUAUGUCAGAAAAGUUAAAGAGUCUAUCUGAUGCUUUGGAUAAACAUGAUAGAGAAAUGAAUCAGAUGAUCGAUGACGUACUGAAGAAAGUUCGUAAUCUUGAAGAAAAGCAACGACAAUCAUGA